AAUUCAAAUCCACUUCAUAGAGUCCCUUAACAAAAACAGAACCAGCUAAGCUCUGUCCCUCCUCCGGCCCAUCCACACAUCCCACUCCUCUUCUUUAUAUAAGUCUAUCCAUACCCCUCCAUUUCCUAUCACCUGCAAGCCCCUCAUCUCCCACACUCAUCCUUAAACCUCCCCUCAAGCUCCUCACCCCUGCUUCCAAAUUAUUCUUAAUCACACUAAUCACCACACUAAUCAAUCCAUUAAGAGCAUUAAAACCCACCACUUAAUGGGAAACACCGACGCCGCCUACAUGGCCGGCGUUGAGCUCGCCCACCGAGUUCCCAUCCCCCCUCCUCGCCCCUUCAUCGACACCUUCCUCUCCAACCUAAAAGAAACCUUCUACCCCGACGACCCCUUCCGUCAGUUCAAACAAGAAAAAGGCGGCCGGCGAGUCAUCCGUGCCCUCCAAUACUUCCUGCCCAUCCUCGAAUGGGCUCCAAACUACACUCUUAGCUUCUUUCGCGCCGACCUCAUCGCCGGCAUCACUAUAGCCAGUCUUGCCAUCCCCCAGGGCAUCAGCUACGCCAAGCUAGCUAAUCUUCCUCCUAUACUUGGGCUCUAUUCGAGCUUUGUGCCGCCGCUGGUGUAUGCGAUGAUGGGGAGUUCGAGGGAUGUGGCGGUGGGUACGGUGGCGGUGGCGUCGCUGCUGAUGGCGUCGAUGUUGGGGAAAUCGGUGUCUGCGAAGGAAGAGCCCACUCUUUACUUGCAUUUGGCGUUAACCGCCACGUUCUUCGCCGGCGUUCUACAGGCGGCUCUGGGCCUGCUUAGGUACCCGGUUUACAUUAUUAUCAAAUAAAAGACAACCACACUU